UCUCGCCUUUGUAGUGCCUAUCAUGCCUCCAAAGACAGUAGAGGAGCAGCUCGCAGAGCUUGAAAUGGAGGCCGAGGCGCCAGCUCCCCCGCCACUCAAGAGCUCUCGAGCUCCAAAAGGACCGAAAGCACCACGGAAGAGUGCCGAGCAGGAAGAUGAUGCAUUGAAAGAGCUGGAAGAGCUGGAGGCACUUGAGAAAUUCCAGCGCCCAGAACUGCCGCGUCCGUCUAGUCGCCCAAAUACGCCUAAAGUGCCGUCUUCAUCGACCAGCUCCAGCAAUCCUCGUAGAGCGGGCAUCGCAACCCCAUCGUCGACUGGCUCGGCACGGACGAGCGAAGAGAAGGCGCAACCACUGCGGAAGUCGGCUGAGAGUGCGAGGUCCUUCCACCAGAGCUUUGCCCCUACGGAAGAAGAGCCCGCGAAGCCUGCACCAGAACCCAAGCAGGCGAGUGGUGGAUGGUGGGGAGGAUUCCUUUCUACUGCAACUGCAACUGCGGAUGCUGCUCGGAAACGCGCAGAAGCAGCAUACAAGGAAAUCCAGAAGAACGAAGAAGCACAACGGUGGGCCGAGCAGGUUCGCGGCAAUGUUGGUGCUCUGGCUGGCAUUGGCGGCGAGCUCCAGAAACGCGCCCUCCCAACCUUCACAAACAUCCUCCACACCCUCGCGCCCCCAAUCUCCCAGCACGAGCGUCUCCAGAUCCACAUCACACACGACCUCGUCGGUUACCCCUCACUGGACCCCAUCAUCUACCAAACCUUCUCCACUGUCAUGGCACAAGUUGAAGGCGGUGACCUCCUCGUCAUCCAGCGUGGCUCGGAAUCCACUCACCGUCGUGGCUCAAUGGACGGUUUCCGAGGCGGAGGCAGCAGCGGUUGGAACGACGGACCGUGGUGGCGACACACCGAAAAACGCGAUCUGAGCGUCAUCAAAGGCCUGCCAGAGGGUACCAAGCUGGCCCGCGUGAGCGCAGAGUCCUACGCAACCGAUUUCUUCGCAUCUCGCGGCGGUGUCGAAGAAGCCGCAAAACAAGCCACUGAGAUCCUCAGUGAAACAAAUCCCGUCCGAAGCAGCGACAUCUUCCUUUCCCUCCAAGCAAUCAGCUACGAAGCGCCUACAGACCUCUUUGGCGAGGCAUCGGGGUCGUCAAAUGUGGAUGAGUCUGGGAUUCAAGAACAUAAAGAACGAGACGAACUCGUUGCUUUUGCAGUGUAUCUGCACGACCCGAUACACAGCAUCAGUUUCCGCGCUCUCUCGCAAGCGUUUCCCGCAAAAUGGGUUCAGUGGCUUGAUGCUACGAAUCCGACUGGUGCUGAUGGCCAAGAAUCCCAUCUCCCACUAGAGAUACAGGAGAUUAUUGAAAGCGGUGGCGUGGAUCCAAGAGAGUGGGUUGCGGAAUGGAUGGAAGAGACGAUCAGUCUGAGUGUCGGAAUCGUGGCUCAGCGCUAUGUAGCGCGAAGAAUGGGCGUUGGUGAGGGGGGUAUUGGAAGGGGCAAGACGCGGGAGGCGGUUGUGGAAGCGGGAGGGGGCGAGGCCGCCAGAGCAGGUAUUUUCUAAGAUGGUUCUUAUCGGGCAUCUUUCGAUAGGUAUAGUGGAUGUUUAAUGGUUAGGCACCCGGUAAGAGUGAGGCGUAUACGGAGUCCAUCUGGGGCAUAUCAUCAUGGUGUGCAGGGGAGUCUGGGUUAUUUCAUCAUAUUUCGUC